UAUAUACACUAUUUAGAUCAAUACAUUUGUAUACGUCAUAUGCUCCGCCGAUAAAGUGCAAAGGGAACAGUAGACAGCUAUCUUACACGCCGCUUAAACGUGAACAGAGAGGGAUAACUUUAUAUGUGGCUUAAAUAAACCAUAUGAAGGAAGAAUAAUAUCUAAGUUCUAAAAUGGAUAUAUGUGGUCCAUGCAAGUUUCGAAAUGAAGACGCGAAGGCUACUAAGUACUGUCUGACAUGCCAAGAGCCGCAAUGUAAAACAUGUGCUGAUAUUCACAGCAGUAGUAAGGCGACAAGGAAUCAUCUUCUUUUGACGAUCGAAGAGCUUAGCAUUAUGCUUCCAAGACGAAUACAGACCUAGAAAAGUUUCAGAAUUGCUGUGACCAUCCCGAGAAGAAGCUUGAAUUUUUCUGCAUAGAUCAUUGGCAUUUAAUGUGUAGCACGUGUAUAUUGAACAUACAAAAGCUUAAGUGCAAAACCAUCAUUGAUAUUGAAACAGCAGGCAAGCAGCUAGAAACAAACAAAUUUAAUGAACAAUUAACAAGAGAUUUGGAAAGUGUCGAAGACCAUUGCAAAGAAAAGGAAAAAGAAAUUCAGAGGUUAAUAGACGGAAGUCAUAAAGAAAGGCAAGAUCUUAAAAAAUAUAUAGAAGACUUUAGAAAUAAAAUGCUAACGCAGUUUAACAAGUGCGAAAAGGAUAUUCUAGUAAAAGUUGAUGAAAGGGUAAAGACACAAGUCGCAGCGCUUACUAGUCAACAGACUGUUUUAAGAGAGACUCUUCAAACAGCUAAGGAAAAUAAGGACAUUCUUCAAAUGAUAAUAAGUAAUAAUUCAAAAGCUGAUAUUUUCCGAUGCAUCCUUUCUAUAAUGCAACAGCUAGACAAGUCUCAAACAAACAAAGCUUCUGUCACUACCGACAUGUCAACCCAUUCAGUGGAACUUUCUCCGGCUUUCGACACACUGUUAACAUCCAUAGAUGUGCAUCCAAUCAUGCAGUGUAGAACAGUUAUCAAUACAAAAACGUCUACGAGUAAUGUGAACAUGAAAACCGACAUGGACAGUUUCCUAGAGACUGUGAAACAGGUGGCUUUAACCAGUGAGAAUGAUUUAUCCAGUGAUUAUUCAUGUUCUAGUGCUGAUGCAGAAAUGGAAGACCAUGAAGCAAAACCUCACAGAAUACAAUCAAAUGAAAGUAGCAAUGUUUCGGAUACUUCUUCCAAAAGCGCUCAAGCUACAGCAUCAUCGCAUGGAACGGCCACCAAGUCAAAAAGAUUGUCAAAUAUUGUACACAUGCUUGACGUUACGUUAACGACACCCGAUGAGAAACAACCAUGCAUUGCUGGCAUCAUCACUCUACUUGAUGGUAGUAUUGUCUUGUCCGACAGUAAACAUCCAAGACUGAUACGCGUGAAGGAAGACUUAACAUAUAAAGACACAGCAGAUUUAUCCCAUCUCCCUGGUAACAUGACAGUUCUAAAUGACAAAUAUCUUGUGGUAUGUUUACCAACUGCCAACCGUAUAGCAUUUGUCUGGUUAUCACCUGAGUUUAAAUGGAUGAGGAAUUUUAUAACAAAGUACACACCAAAAGAUGUGCACGCUCUUGACACAACACGCCUGCUUGUUUCAAUAUAUGAUACUACUGAAAGGAAAUGGUAUCUCCAGAUACUAACAACUGAUGGGGCUUUUCAGCAAGACCUUGGUAAAGCAAGAUCUAUACUAGAUGCCAGUCAGAUUUCGUCGUUGAAAUUAACCCCAAUAUCUCCUAGAUAUUAUCUUCAAUGUUGCAAGGAAUCGAACAAGCUUUACUGCUUUGAAACUAGCGGAAAGGGAGUGUUUAAAUAUAGUGUCAUGUCACCGAAAUGCUUGUAUGUUGACAAUGCUGGGAAAAUAUAUGUGCUGGAUUCGUUCGGUUCGGUUCAUAUUCUUACAAACGAUGGGAUGCUUCUUCAAACAAUUGAUGUUUCAAAAGAAUCAAAUGGAAUAGCAUGCAAUAGGAAAAAGGACACUCUCUUCAUUACAAAACAAUGCUCAGAUAAAAUAGGAGUAUUCAAGAUAUCACGCUAAACAAAACAACUUUCCAAGGACGUGGAUAAAAAAUAGGACAACAGAGGACAACAAAAUAUAAGGAAUCUACUUAUCAACAUUAGAACUAUCUUGUUCAUUACAUUGAUCAUUUGGAGAACAUGAAAUUAAUAGAAUAUUAAAUAAAGAUAUCGAAGAUGAAUAAUGGCAUGUAUACAGCUACAUGCAUAAUAUAAUGUCAUACCCGAUACCACAAACGACGAAGAAAGCUUUUACAUAGUUGAAAACAUACAAGGCGUUUAAAUCUAGUAUCACUGAGACCAAAGUUGCACAGUGUGAGCUCCAAAGUAUUUUUAUUGAGAAAUAAGAGGAACAGAUAAAUUGCUGUAAGAUACAUAUUGACGACAAUGGCAAUUGUCACCGACCCUCUCUUUCUCGCAUCAAGAAAUAAAUUGCCGACCGUGAACAAAUAACAGUGCUCAAAAGUCAAAAUCAAUAGGGCAUACUAAUAGCAAAUAUAUGACAAGGUCACAACAAAUGACAUUAUUAUACUCUAUACAGUGUAAAAUGAGAAUGUUGAAUAGUGUUUUUGCAUUUGUUAAUUGACAUGUUAGUAAACAGCUUUACAGAGAAAAUAACCCAUAUUUUAUACCCCUAGCUUUUCAUUCAUAUGGGACUGGCCUAAUAUUCAAAUAUUAUUAAAACAGCCUUAUAUUAGA